UGGCUUCUCACCAUGUCCAUUGGAAAGAGACUCGUACCUCACGUCAUCGAUGAAUUAGCUAGAUGCCAACCGGACGCCAUAUGGGCCGCUUAUCCCUCAUCUAUGCAAGCCCUGGCGCAGGGGGACCUGACAAAAAUAACUUGGAAAGCCUUUUCGAAUGCCAUCAAUCGAUUAGCAUGGUGGCUGGCGGAACGACUGGAUAGUAGCGAGGUUCUGGAGACUUUGUGUUAUGUCGGCCCUUCGGAUAUCCGUUAUUUCUUGUUUGUUGUUGCGGCUUGCAAGGCUGGCUUCAAGACACUAUUCUCCUCACCUCGCAAUCAGAUCGCUGCCCACGUCUCGCUCAUAAAAAAAACACAAUGUCGCACUCUCAUAGGUGUGAAGAACUCUGUCGUCAGCGGCAUUCUCGAGAAUACAUCUGUCAGGUUUCUGGAUGUCCCGGCUCUCGAAGACCUUCUUGAUGCGACUGAGGUUCGACCGUUUUCAUACAACAAGAGCUAUGAUGAGGUAGCUCGACAACCUUUCCUUGUUCUACACACUUCGGGGUCGACUGGACUACCCAAACCGGUCACGGUGACACAUGCUUCCAUGGGCGCCAGAGAUGCUCAACAGCUGUUACCGCCCGUUAACGGCAGACACAUCACUACGCGAUGCUACUCUGGCAUCAGUAUGUAUACGGCUCUGCCGCCUUUUCAUGUAAGACAUAUCGACAUUCAGUUGUUGCGUGUAUUGACGAGACCAAGGNCAGCUGGCAUUGAUUUUUUGGGCUUCUCGAUCUUCCGAGGAACGAAACUCAUAUUCGGGCCUCCAGAUGAAAUCCCGACCCUCGAGAUUGUACAGCUCAUGCUUGAGCAAAAUUUGGCGGAUGCUGCCGUGAUGGCUCCAAUAAUCCUCGAAGAACUGGCCGAGUCGCCCUCAGCACUAGAGAGAUUAUCCUCCUGGAGCAGUGUGUCAUAUGGUGGCGGACCACUAUCUGCCAAAUCAGGAAACACACUCUCGAAGUACACCAACGUCUACAACCUACUUGGAUCUACCGAAACAGCCAACUUGCCUGAACUCACGCCAGCCGACCCUGAAGACUGGCAAUAUCAUGAGUUUCACCCGGGAAUUGGCCUUGACUUCAGACAUCACUCUGGAAAUCUGUACGAGCUGGUCUUCGUGCGUCAGCCUGAGGACGGACUCUACUUUGCUCCCUUCACCACCUUCGAAUCAAUGCUUGAGUAUUCAAUGAAAGACCUCUACGCACCUCACCCAACCAAGCAAGGUUUAUGGCUGUAUCAAGGCAGAGCAGAUGAUAUCGUGGUGUUGUCCAACGGCGAGAAGUUCAACCCAAUUGAGGCCGAACAGAUCAUAUCAUCGCAUCCCGAAGUCAAGGCUGCAAUCAUUGUCGGCUCUUCUAAAGAACAGCCUGCCGUCUUGAUUGAGCCCACGCCGAGACUCACUGAUUUCAGCGAACGGGACGAAACAGACUCUGUCUGGGACCUUGUUUCGAAAGCUAAUGAAGUCUUACCUGGCCAUGCAAAGGUUGACCGAGCUCAUAUAAAGAUUCUGGAAGACUCAGAGGCUUUCUUGAGAGGCACUAAGGGUACCGUGCAAAGACGACCAACUACUCAGAAGCUUCAAGAUGAUAUCGAAAAGGUGUAUCGAGACGCAGAUUCAUGCCUGCUUACACAAGAUCUAGACUUUGGCAGUAUGGAUGCGCUUCGUACAAGUAUCGCCAAAGCUUUAACCGAAGUUGGAUUACGAGAUUCUGAGCACAUACGGGAAGACGAGAGUCUGUUUGCCUAUGGUCUUGACUCUCUGCAGACCCUCAGACUCUCGAAAGCCUUCCAGUCGAGUUUGGACAAUGGCACCAACAGUUCGGUAUUAAAGACCAUGAUCUACAAUAAUCCAACUAUUGAGAAAAUCGCUCAAGCUCUCACAAAGCUCAAGAAUGGAGAAGAUAUGCAAGGCCAACGAUCGGAGCAUGCGCAGGCUGAGAUGAAGAGGAUUCUCGACGAAUCUCUAGACUCUCUUCAAACAAUCAACGCAUCCGCCAGAGAUUCACCGGCUUCACCGCAAAGCAUACAUGUCUUACUGACAGGUUCAACUGGUGGCUUAGGUAGUUACAUCCUGAAUGUGUUACUGACCAACCCAAACAUCACUGUGACCUGCCUCAACCGAGCAGGCUCCGAUUCUCAGAAACAAAAGAGGAUUAACGCAGGGAAGGGUCUCAGCACCGAUUUUUCACGGGUUGAUUUCAAGCAGGUUGACCUCAACAAGGCCUGUUUCGGACUAGAUGAAGAAUCAUAUAAGAGUUUGAGAGAGCGAGCCACGCAUAUCAUCCACAAUGCUUGGACUGUCAACUUCAACCUCUCCAUCACUACAUUCGAAGACCAGAUCCGGGGUUGCCGAAACCUGGUUGCUUUCUCGAUACAAAGCGCUCACAGACCGCAUAUUCAAUUCAUCUCCAGCGUUGGAGCCGCCAACCGGUGGUCUGACAAGACUGAAAAGACUGUACCAGAGAGAAUGCUCGAAAAUAUGUCAUUCUCCGAGGAUAUGGGAUAUGCUCAGUCAAAGCAAGUGUCUGAAUUGCUCUUGUACCACGUAAGCAAGAGAUAUCAAGUGCCGUCUACGAUCUGCCGUGUCGGGCAAAUCACCGGACCGGUGCAGCUUCAGCAAGGUCGAUGGAACGACGCUGAGUGGUUCCCAAGCCUCAUCAAGACAUCCAUGCACCUAGGCAAACUUCCUGCCAGCCUUGGAUCAAUGGGUCGCAUGGAUUGGAUACCUGUCGACAUCCUGGCAAAUACGGUUGUGGAAAUCAUGCUAGCUGGUUCCACUACAACAGGCAGUGAUUCUCCAAAGGCUUCCGACGCAAGAACUUCUCAGUUCGUACAUCUCCUCAAUCCUCACGAAGCCAAAUGGGAAGACAUCUUACCGCACGUACAGAAAUCGCUCGACAAGGAACUACAAGUCGUGCCCUACGAGGAAUGGCUUUCUGAUCUACAAGCUUCCGCAGAACGAGAACAUGACGAAGCAAACCCUGCUGUCAAGUUACUUGACUUCUAUGAAGAGAACAAACACGCCCUGAACCCGCAAUUCUCGACAGCUAAUGCCCAAGAGAUGAGUCAGACACUGGCAAGUCUACAACCUGUCAGUGGUGAGUGGAUGGAGUUGUGGAUGAAGCAAUGGAAUUUCAGUGGUGCUAGAAAGACACUCCAUAGGCUUUGA